AUGUCGGCACGUUGUCUAUUGCGCGUGCCCUCUCGGGCCAUUGCUCGCCAGUCGCUCGGCAAGUCUACGCGCGCUUCUUCCACCGCCGCCGGUGCCGAAGCCGCCAGCUCCCCCUUCUACCUAACCCUCACUGCCUCGAUCGCAACCGCUGCGGCCGCUGGUUCCGCCGCGUGGUACUACCACCUUUAUGGCCAGGAGGCUUUCGCUGCUAGUCCUGCUGAGGAGGGUCUUCACCCUACUCAGUACCCUUGGGUUCACCAGCAAUUCAACAAGACCUUUGACCACGCCGCUCUCCGCCGUGGUUUCCAGGUUUACCGUGAAGUCUGUGCCAGCUGCCACUCCCUUACCCGUGUUCCAUGGCGUUCGUUCGUCGGUACCAUGCACACCGUCGAUGAGAUGAAGGCUAUGGCCGAGGAGAACGAGUACGACACCGAGCCCAACGACCAGGGUGAUAUCGAGAAGCGCCCCGGAAAGCUUUCUGACUACAUCCCCGCUCCCUACAAGAAUGACGAGGCUGCUCGUGCCGCCAACGGCGGUGCUCUGCCCCCCGAUCUCAGUUUGAUCAUCAAGGGCCGCCACGGUGGCUGCAACUACGUCUUCAACCUGUUGACUGGUUACCCUGAUGAGGCUCCCGCUGGAGCCAGCGUUGCCGAGGGCAUGAACUUCAACCCUUACUUCCCCGGUACCGGUAUUGCUAUGGGUCGUGUCCUGUUCGACGGUGUUGUCGAGUACGAGGAUGGCACUCCCGCCACCACCUCCCAGAUGGCCAAGGAUGUCACUGAGUUCCUGAACUGGGCUGCCGAGCCAGAGAUGGACGAGCGCAAGAAGAUGGGUGUCAAGGCCAUCGCUCUCCUGACCGGUCUUACCGCCAUCAGCAUCUGGGUUAAGCGCUACAAGUGGGCCCCGAUCAAGUCCAGAAAGGUUGUGUACAGCCCCCCUAUUGCCCCCCGUCGCUUUUAA